AUGCCGCGACGCAAAAAGUCUGAUCUUUCUAAAAGAAGCCGUGCCGCAACCAAGAGUCGGAAUCACAACAUUAAGGUUAAGAAAGAAAUAACUGAUGAAGAAUUGGAAAACGCACGGGAGAAGAAUCGUAAGAAUAUGGCCAGAUAUCGUGCUUCUAGAACGCAAGAGGAGAAAAAGAAAGCUCGCGAAAAGGCUAGAUUGGACAUGAGAAAACGUAGAGCUAAUCGCAAAUAUCAAGAGCGUCUUCGACGCUUUAGCAGUGAUGUUUUAAUUCCAAAUGACGUCUGUGAUCUACUCCAGCCCAUCCAGCCGGACAAUAAGCAGCCUACGCAAAUGGCGACAGACGACAGUAUGAGUGACGACGUGUUUGAAGACGACACGCUGCGUGCGCCUGCGCAGUCCGCACAACGAAGCACCCCCUCCCCCACUGGGUACAGGGACUACCACCCCCCUGCUGUCACCCCUUCCCGAACACAAGACGAUGAUGAUGUGAUUAUACAUAAGACGAUCCUGUUGGGUGACAGUGGAGUGGGUAAAACCUCUUUGUUAGUCCAGUUCGAGACUGGAAAAUUUCAAGCUGGCAACUUCUCAGCAACCGUCGGUAUCGGAUUCACGAAUUAUUGGUUCUACGAAGUUGAUAAUAAAGACGAUAUUAGCUUCCAUGAAAUUCUGCGCGAGUUAAUGAUAAAAUAA